UUUCCUCUUUAACUUCAACCAAAGUCAUUGACUCCUCUAACUCUCAAACUCUUAACUCUACUUUCUGAUCCUUCCCACAUUCACAUUCAUCACAGUAUUCAUCAUCAGCACAAGCAAAGAUGAAGAUGAGCAGUGCCACCGUGGGAGCCUCAAAGAGAAGGCUAUCAAGCAGAGGGCUUGGAGGAGUCCUCAGGGAGCAAAGGGCAAGGCUUUACAUAAUAAGGAGAUGUGUGGUUAUGCUCCUUUGCUGGCAUGAUUGAAACUCCUAGCCAUGCUAAUAGUCAUGGGGGAUUUUGGGGGUCUUUCUUUUUCCUUUCUUUCUUUCUUUCUUCUUCUUUUGGUGGAGUGUAAAUAGUGGCGGCGGAUAUUAUCGGAGAGUUAAGAACCCAAUUUUUGUAUGCCUUUGGCCUUAUGGCCUAGAUGUAAAUUACAUAGCUUGAAUUAAAUCUUUGAUAAUCAUUCAACAAAGAAUAUGGUCGUUUAUUCUUUUAA